AGCGCUGUGAUUCACCGAACGAGUAUUUGCGCGUGGAUAUUUCUUGGACAAUUUGAGUGGUGAGAUCGCGGCCGCAGUGAGUGACUGACUUGGGUACCGGAGUCCGGCGCGGCAAUGCUGACCCCGGCGUUCGACCUCAGCCAGGACCCCGACUUCCUGAUUAUUGCCAUCCGCGUGCCCUACGCCCGGGUCUCGGAGUUUGACGUCUACUUCAAGGGGGUCGACUUCAAGUUCUAUGCCAAGCCGUAUUUUCUCAGAUUAACCCUUCCUGGAAGAAUUAUAGAAAAUGGAAGUGAGCAAGGGUCCUAUGAUGCAGAUAAAGGACUCUUUACCAUUCAGUUGCCCAAAGAAACUCCUGGCCAGCAUUUUGAGGGGCUGAACAUGUUAACUGCUCUUCUGGCACCAAGAAAAUACAGGACUGCAAAACCACUUGUGGAUGAAAUAGGUACUUCUGCAGUUUCUGAGGAAGGAGGAGAAGAUGACGAUGAAGAGUUUAAUUGGGAAAUUGAGCAGUUCCCCUAUGAAGAGGUAUCUGAAAGUGCUCUGAAACUGCAGUGCCACUAUGGUUUUGGAGACUUACGAUCAGGAGUGUUUCAGCGGUUACAGGAUGAAUUCAGUGAUGUUAUUGACAUUAAGGAUCCAGAUUUUACUCCUGCAGCUGAACGAAGGCAGAAACGCCUGGCUGCUGAGCUCACCAAAUUUGAUCCUGAUCAUUAUCUAGCUGACUUUUUUGAAGAUGAGGCAAUUGAACAGGUUUUGAAGUAUAAUCCUUGGUGGACGGACACAUAUUCAAAAAUGAUGACCCCUUUGGGAAAGAGUCAGGAGCAAGAAGAUCAUGCUGCAUUAGUGUCUUUUUCUGAAGAAGAGAAAUACCAGCUGCGAAAAUUUGUCAAUAAAUCUUACCUGCUGGACAAGAGAGCCCAUUGUCAAGUGUACUAUAGUUUGAUUGAUAUCCUUCUGGCAUAUUGUUAUGAAACUCGUGUCACUGAAGGAGAGAGGAAUGUUGAAUCUGCAUGGAAUAUCAGAAAACUGAGUCCAACACUGUGCUGGUUUGAGACUUGGACUAAUGUUCAUGAAAUCCUGGUAUCAUUUGGAAGAAGAGUUUUGUGCUAUCCACUUUAUCGCCAUUUCAAGCUGGUGCUGAAAGCCUACAGAGACACCAUAGAGAUAUUGCACCUAGGUAAAAGUGCAGUUUUAAAGUGUCUACUGGAUAUUCACAAAAUUUUUCAGGAAAGCGAUCCAGCUUACAUUCUAAAUGAUCUCUACAUUUCAGACUACUGUGUGUGGAUUCAGAAAGCCAAGUCCAAAAAGUUGGCGGCUCUUGCAGAAGCCUUGAAAGAAGUGUCCUUGACAAAGACCCAGCUGGGGUUAGAACUAGAAGAGCUGGAAGCAGCAGCACUUCUCGUCCAGGAGGAAGAAGCUGUAUUGACAGCAGCCCAUUCCACUUCCAGGCAGCAGACACUUCCCUCCGGUUCUGAGGCAGGUGAUUUGGAGGAACCAGACAGCACCCUGCCAUCUGAGACUGAAGACUCAGGUUCAGAACAAGAGGAGCUCAAAGGUGGUGAAUCCAAGACAGUAAAUUCCUUGCGAGGUCCCUUUCUAGAGGAAAGCAGUGCCCUGCAUAUUAACAACGAUGGGGUGUGCAGGAAGUUGGGCCUCCAGAGGUCUGAUGCUAGUCAGGAAAAGCCACUGGCCUCUGCCUGGGCUCCUGGAGGGUCUCGGCCUCUGAUAGAGGAGCUUGGAGAACACUGAAGACUGCAGUUCAGAUUCCCAAACCUGGAAACCACAGCAGUAUAUAGGACAGAUGACUGGCAGACUCCAAAUGAUUGACUCUGAGUGGCUUUAUUCAUUGUUGAGAAUGAUGUCAGGUUUUAUUUACUGACAGAAUUCUUUGUUUUUACUUUGUACUUGUUCUUAGUGUAUACAACAUUGUUUUUCAAUAAGGUAAUGUUGAUACCUUUUAGUUUCCUUGUUGCAACUUUAAAAAUAAAGUUCUAAAGUAUUUUUACCAAAAUGUAAUUAAUAUUUAAUUAAUUAUUAAUAAUGAAUUAAUGAUUAAUAUUUGAAGAUGAAUUCAGCCAGAAUUUCUAAAACGUAGCACCCAUAAUAUUUUUAAUAGCUCUAUCAAGGCAUACUUGACAUACACAUAUUUAGAGUGUACAAUGUGAUAAGUGUUGAUGUACAUGUAUGUAGCACUUUUUCUAGGAUGAGUUCUCAAACUUGUCAGACAUCCAAAUUAAAUCAUGCACCAGAUUAAAUCAUCACUGCACUGCAAUCAAGAUAGUGUACUUACCAUCAUGUCCAGUGUCCUCAUGCUCCUUUGUUAUCCCUCUCCCACUGCCCACCCCACAUGCUACCCAUUACCGUUCCCCAGGCAAGCAUUGAUUUGCUCUCUGUCACUAUAAAUAAACUUGCAUUUCCUAGAAUCUGAUACUGAAUCAUGUAAUAUGUACUCUUUUUUAUCAGUCUUAUUUCACUCAGCAUAAUUAUUUAGAGGUGAAUUGAUGUAACAUGUAUCAAGAGGUUUUUGUUGUUUAAUUUUUAUUUUUUUCCAUACCUGAGUAAUAAUUCAGUGAGUAGAUUUAUCCAGUCACCUAUUGAUGGACAUGUUGGUUGUUUCCAAAUUUUGGCUGUUACAAAUAAAGCUGUUAUGAAUAUUUGUGUGCAAGCUUUUAUGUGUACAUAUGCUUUUAUUUCUCUUAGGUAAAUCUAGGAGUGGUAUGACUGAGACAUUGUGGUAGGUGUAUGAGUAACGGUUUAAAAAACUGCCAACCUGUUUUCCAAAGUGGCUAUACCAUUUUACAUUCCCACCAGUGUUGUGUAUGACAGUUCUAGCUCUUUCACAUUCUUG